AUGUCUUUCCCACCAGUUAUCAAGCUAAAUGAUGGGAACGAGAUUCCCGCACUCGGUUAUGGCCUUGGAACUGCCAACUUCAAGCGCGUUGCGGGACCUCUGGACACUAAAGUGAUCGAAAACACCAAAAAAGCAAUUGAUGUCGGCUACCGCCAUCUUGACGGCGCUGAAGUAUAUGGAAAUGAAGAAGAGUUCGGCGCCGCUAUCAAAGAGUCUGGAAUUCCUCGAGAGCAGCUCUUCAUCACCACCAAGAUUAGCGCUGAGGUCCAGAAGAACACUGAAGAGGCUUUCUCUCUUUCACUCAAGAAGCUCGGCCUGGAUUACGUCGAUCUCUAUCUGAUCCAUGGCCCUUUCUUUGCUAAUAACGACGAAGAACUGCAGCAAAAGUGGGCUGAUCUGGAGGCCAUCAAGGCUUCUGGUCGGGCCAAGUCCAUUGGAGUCUCCAACUUUCUCCAGGAGCAUCUCGAGGCCAUUCUUAAGACAGCCAAGGUGGUGCCUGCAAUUAACCAGAUUGAGUACCAUCCCUAUCUCCAGCACGGCGACCUCGUUGCAUUCCACAAGAAGCAUAACAUUGCCGUCGCUGCCUACGCCCCCUUGCUACCACUCACCACAGCCAAGGGCGGUCCAGCAGUGCCCGUCUAUACCAAGCUAGCAGAGAAAUAUGGCGUUACAGACUCUGACGUCGGUCUACGAUGGGUCCUUGAUCAAGGCCAUGUGGUAAUUACGACUAGCUCCAAGGAGUCGCGACUCGCUGGCUACCUCGAGAGGCUACCCAAGUUUAAGCUGACAGACGAGGAGGUGGCGGAGAUCUCUAGUGAAGGAGACAAGUACCACUUCCGAUCAUUUUGGAAGCACAAAUUUGCCGCUGAUGACAGGAGGUGA